UAGAAAAUGAACCGACCAGAUUCUCUCUUUCAUGUCUGAAUUCUCUGCUCUGUACUCUCUGUUCUAACCAAAAAAAAAAAAAAAUCAAGCCAACAAUGGACAGUAGCAGCAACAGAUAUCAUAAAAAAGGCGACAACAAGUUCAAUAUAGGCGACCAAGUUGAAGUUUGCAGCGACGACGAGGGUUUUAGAGGCGCAUGGUACGUCGCUUCAGUUCUUAAAUCCAUCUCUUCUUCAAGAAGCACCGGCUCUUAUCCGAAAAGAAAAGCCGGGGUUUUAGUCGAGUACCAUAGUUUACUCUCUGAUGCAGAUCACAACAUGAAAUUGACGGAGUCUGUUGAAGUUUCUUACAUAAGGCCUUUGCCUCCGGUUUCUGAUGGUUCGUGGUAUGAGCCGUACGAUGUGGUUGAUGCGUUUCACCGCGACGGGUGGUGGAAAGGCGUGGUGUCUGAUGUUUUUGAGUAUAAUGGGAGCAAUGAAACGAAGUAUACUGUGGUGUUUGAGGACCCGUUUGAACGGAUCGAUUUUUUCGCUAAAGAAUUGAGGUUUCAUUUGGAGUGGAUUGAUGGGAGUUGGUUUAAACCUCCUAAACAAACGGAAAUACCAACUGGUGUACAAUCAACACAUGCUGACAGUAAUGCAAGAGAACCUGAGGUGGCUGUGAAUGCUGAGAGUUCGACCAAAACACCAGAUGAUACAUUGAAAUCUCUUCGCGGUAAAUCUAGAGAAAAAUUGGCUAUCAAAAGGUCAAGGAAGAAUUUAUUGGAGCAUUCAGCAAAUUCACAUUCAAAAUCACCUAGUAAGAGAACAAAGAAGACUUUACCCAAAAGUGAAGAUGCACUUUCAUGCCUUGCCGAGAAUUUGAACAAUGAAAACUCUGUCAAACCCUUACUUCUCGAAGCAUGCCAUGUAGAGUUAACGCCAAUCCAGACAACAAAUCAAGAAUUACAAGUGGCUGGUGGUGUACUAACCAAAUGCUCGACCAAUAAUAUGGUUGAUGAUACGCCUUCUUCUUGCUCCGACAUUCCCUUCACGGCUAUUAAUAACCAAGAUGUUGGAUCUGAGAACGAAGCGGCAGGAUCCUUAGAGAAAAGUGAGAGUCAGAUGAACUCUCAAGUUACAGGUGGAGAGGACAAGAAUAAAGAAGACUCGGCUGAAAUCUUCGUAGAUAAGCAGCAUAAAGAAGGUAAUACAGAAAGCGAAUCUGAAAAUGUCAAGGAAUCAUCAUUGAUAAAUGUUCCGGGAACCACUGAGCUCACGGAGAGUCGAGGGAUGCCUUUUGUUAAGAGCUCAUCUUUUUGGAACAUCAUCGAGUCGUUGGAAAUUUUCCGAGUCUUGCCACAAAAACCACAUUUUGGUCCUUUGGUAGAAUAUAAAGAGGCAACCCGGGAAGGACUUGCUAUCGGUUAUAUGUUCACCUUCGCUAAUUUAAUUGAGAAGACAUCCAAGUUGCGAGUUGACAACUCCAGAGAAGAAAUCAACAGUUACUUGGAAGUAUUCGCUGAUCUGAAAACAUUAGGAUUUAAUGUGAAGGCAGUAGAGGAUCGUCUUCAAAAAUUGAUGUCAAUCAAAGAUCGGUUCGAACAACUCGAGGAUGAGUCGAAGAAUUUUCGCAUUCAGUUAACAGAAUGUGAAGAUGAAAUGACAAAAUUGGAAGAAGAUAUUGUUAAAACAGACCGGUUGAUAUCGGAGUUGGAAGAAAAACGGGCAAUGAAAGUGUCGACGAAGGUGAUGAAAGAUUCUAAACUGGUUGCUCUACAAGCGGGUGUUGAUGUUAUCAAUGAAGACAUUGUGAAAAUGAAGCAUGAAUUUGAAAGCCAAGCUGCUGCAUCUUGGUGAACUCGGUAAUUCUUACUAGAUGUGAACAUCAGAAUUAGAUGCGUAUGUUCAUAGUUAGAAGCUAGUGUCUGAACAUCGAAAUGUAAUUAGUGGUUGGGUUAGCGUGUUAAUUUCUAAUGGGAAAAUGUGUAAAAAUGACCCUAAUGUUUAGGUCUCGUCUCACUUAAUCCAUUAAUGUUUUUUUGGUGCAAAAAUGACCCUAUCGUUUUCAA